AAUGCUGGUUUUAGGGUCAACCUGUGUUUGCAUGUGUCAUGUAAUAAAUCGGAUGCCCAUUAAAAUCAUACUGUAAUCGUGGUAAUGGGAAAAACUAUUGCUGUUAUCUGUCUGCGAGCCUGCAGUUGGCAGGCUGGGCAGUUUUGGACAGGCGCUCCGUUCACCCGCCCAUUUCCUCCGGUGCAACAUAAGAUUUUAUAUACAUUCCAUACGUCAGCUAUCCGAAUGAUUCGUGCAAAAUCAACUGUUUUAACGACAAUAACUGAAAUAUUCAGUUAACUCGUACGCUCUACUGGUCCUGACAAAUCUUGUUACCGAGUUAGCUAGUUUGUUAGCAGGAGACACUGACAAACACUAAACGUAAAUCAGGUAAUUUCGUUAAAUUCCACCUGAAGCCGCCGAUUAACUGCAUACGGAUCACAACAAAAAUCAAAAGGAAAAAUAUGGCCUCACGAAGAAAAGGCGAGAAGAGAAAGACAGAGGAAGUUACUGAAACAAAGGAGCUACAACAUUCUGAUGCAGAACCAUCCGAUGGCAGCAGCAGAGAGGAAGAAAUAGCACAGAAAAUGAAGAAAAAGGCAAAGAAAAAAUACAUAGGCGCUCACGUCUCAAUAUCAGGAGGAAUAUGGAAAGCAGUCGAAUCAAGUGUGGCAAUAGGAGGUCAUGCUUUUGCCCUUUUCUUGGGCUCCCAGCGCUCCUGGACCAGACCAGCACUUGAUCCAGCUGCAGCAGUUAAAUUUCAAAAAGCCUGUGCUCAACAUGGCUUCGAUCCGAUACACAUCCUGCCACAUGGAUCUUAUUUGAUGAACUGCGGUUCCCCCAAAGAAGAUGUGUUCAGUAAGAGCCAGACUAUGCUUGUGGAUGAACUGAGUCGCUGCAGUGCACUGGGCCUCAGCCAGUUUAACUUUCACCCUGGAGCUUCUAUAGACUCCAGCCCUGAGAAAUGCAUGGAGAAAAUUGCCCAAGCUAUUAACCACGCACACCAGCAAACUCCUGCCGUCAUUACAGUGCUUGAAAACAUGAGCGGUCAGGGCAGCACUGUAGGUGGGCAGUUCAGUGAACUGAGAAGCAUAAUAGACCGGGUGCAUGAUAAGACACGUGUUGGGGUGUGUCUGGACACUUGCCAUGCUUUUGCAGCAGGCUAUGACAUUUCACCACCUGGAGGAGUGAAGAAUAUGCUUGAUGAAUUUGACCGUGUGGUUGGGUUGCAUUAUUUGAGAGCCGUUCAUUUAAAUGACUCUAAAGGAACAUUAGGCAGCAAUCUGGACCGCCAUGAAGACAUUGGACGUGGCCAAAUCGGUAUUACUGCUUUCCGAGAAAUUGUGAAUGAGCCUCGACUGGAUAAUAUCCCUCUGAUUUUAGAAACACCCGGUCGGCUUUGAGUAUGCUGAACAGAUAGAGCUCCUUUACUCCCUUUGUGAAAAAAGGGUGAAGAAUUAGACAUAAUGCUGGGGGCCAUCUUCCUUGGUGGAGUUAUUAUUGGUGAAGCAUAAUACACAUUACCCUGCAUCUUAUUAAUUGAGCAUUUAAAGAGAUCUCUGUUUGAUUUUAAGAUCCUUUCUGUUUCCUUAUUGUUGUUCAUGUUUCUAAUAGAAAUACUGAUUUUGGUAACAGAAUAUGUUUCUUUUCUUUUUUUUAAAUAAAUAAGUUGAAUUUUAAA